AUGGUGGAUGACCCCGAGCUCGUCCUGCACGUCUGGCCAACAAGAUGGGACCUUCCAUCGUUUACCCCAGCUUGCCUCGCCUCAGUACUUUACUUGCAAGUCAUUAUACCGGGCAAAUUUGUGCUCGAGGAAACAACUAACCCAGAUCUCUCACCUGAUGGGCGCUUACCUUACUUGACUCAUAGAAAUGUUAGCAUAGCAAGUUAUCCGUCUAUUGUUGAGUAUGUCGAUGGACUUUUGAAGCAAAACGGGUCUUCGUCAGACCAACAGCAGGCUCAAGGAAUAGCUUGGAUGGCCUACGUAUCUGCACACUUGGGAGACUUAGUGGCGUGUUCCUUCUUUACUCUCCGACAUAAUUACUUUGAAUGCGUUCGACCCUCCCUUUCCGAGCUCUUCCCGAUUCCGUUACGUUACUACGUUCCUGAUCGGUUACGCGAAAUAUACAAGCCUCGCCUCGAGGCGGCUGGCUUAUGGACCGUACACACUGAAGAGGCGGAAGAAGAAAAGCGAAAGAAAAUGGGCAUUUUAGGACUUGCUAGUAAUACAUCUGUUGAGGAAGCGUUCGGAAAGGAGAAGGUAUUAGAGAAGGGACGCGCGGUUUUCGAUCUCCUUGCACGUCGUCUCGGUGACAAACGAUUCUUCUUAAACAAUCAAGAACCGACAGCACUUGACGCUCUCGUUGCCGCACACAUCAUCCUUCUAACAACACCACUCCCAAACGACCUUCUCCGGAGCCUGGUAACCGAAUCGUAUCCGUCCCUGCUCACACAUGCACGAAAGUUAUACGUCCGAACAAUCUCCCGACAAUUGUCUCACGGACGGUCAGCUAGUUUAUCGUCGUCUUACGACAUAGUCGAAUCAGAAACACAAGUGAUUGAGCAUGUUGUUCCUCUGCAAGUUCGCUCUACACCGUCUGUACCGAUUCCAGAAGUCAUAACGUCUCUUCUGCUUCCUGUGUCAUGGCGUCCCACUGUCUCUAGUAUCGAAACGAAAGACAAAUUGGGUGAGGACGAGGAGCCGGUCUGGGAGGGUUGGGCCUUGUUCGGUGCUGGGGUCCUAGGAAUCAUUGGUUGGGCUCUGUUCCGAAGUUAG